AUGGUGUUGCUGGAAGCCUUGGACCUCUCCUCGGGUCAUUUGCGACGACUGGUGCUGGGCAAGGGCUUGCUCCUGACGCAGCGCAACCCGGAGCGUGGUCGUGUCGAGCGCCUGGAGAUGCCGGAGUGCAUUGCAUGUUGCGAGUUGGAGGCCGGCAGGGAUGGGCGCUUGGUACUGCUUUUCGCUGAUUCCCAGAUACGCAUUGUCGAGUUGCGCAUGGACACCCUAGCUUUGCAAGAGGCCACCUAUCGGAACAUGAUGGGCCGACGAGACGCGGAAGACACAACCGCAGGCAGGACACAGCUGAAGGAGGUGCAAGAGCAGGCGGGGAAGCUCAUCAAGGAAGCACGGGAGCCUUGCUUUGAAGAAGAUAUUGCUGAGUUUUUGGAAAAGGCCUCCGAAGUGAACAAAGUGGAAAAGAUGAAGAUGGAGCUGAAGGAUUUUGAUCAUGCCAAGUAUGACGAGCUCUUCAAAGCUGUAGAGAAGGAGAUUCUUCAACUCCGUGUGGUUCUCCAAUCCAUCGAAGCACGAGAGCGCGAGCGCACCUGGCUCCGUGGUAAGGUGGUGGGUGAAUUUGACGACAACAAAAUUGUGGACCUAGCCAUUGGCGAGAAGAAUGUCUUCAAGCGACGAGGGCAGAGAGAAGAUCGAAGCUUAAUCCAAUCCUUGCUCAAGCGCUUGUCCUUCGUGGUGGACGUCAGCGGUUCCAUGGCCGUCUUCAAUGGCGACGGCCGCUUAGACCGGCUUUGUGCAACGAUGGUGAUGAUCAUGGAGAGCUUGUGCGGCUUAGAGCACAAGUACAUCUAUGAGAUCAUCGGACACAGUGGCGAGUCAGAUUGGCUGCCGUUCGUGCAGAUGGGCCAGCACCCGGCCACGCGCCUGGAACGCUUCGCCGUGGUGGAGGCCAUGACCGACCACGCGGCGACCGCUCGGAGCGGCGACAACACCUUGGCCGCGGGCGUGAAGGCCGUGCAGGAGAUCGUCAAGGAGGAUGCGGAUGACUACUUUGUCUUCCUCAUCUCCGAUGCCAACCUCCGCGGCUACGGCAUCUCGGCCGAGGACCUCGCCAUGGCCCUGACGGGCGAGGUCAAGGUCAACGCGCACGCCAUCUUCAUCGCUGAGCCGGAUGCCGCUGAGGAGAUGCGCCGAUGCAUGCCGCAAGGACACGCGCAUUUGGUGAUGGAAACCUCAGGCAUGCCUUUGCUACUGAAGAAUAUCUUCGCGCGUGCCGUCCUGGCCACCUCCAACAGCAAGCUCUAG